AUGGAUCUAAAUAAUUUAACGCUCCUUCUAAACAUCAGUUUAUUUGUGAUGAGAGAAGCAUCUGGUGAGAAUGGAACUACAACAGUGACUGUUAAGAACAAAAGCGUCAACGCGUACGAAUGGCGUUUUGUGUUGCCGCCCUAUUUUAUAAUUUUCCUGCUGUCGAUCUUCGGCAACUGCCUCGUGAUAGCUACGCUGGCUAGCAACAGACGAAUGAGGACAGUCACUAAUGUGUAUCUCUUGAAUUUGGCAAUAUCUGACUUCUUGCUGGGAGUGUUUUGCCUGCCAUUUACCCUCGUCGGGCAGAUUUAUAGAAGAUUUCUCUUCGGCGCUACGCUGUGCAAAUUAAUACCCUUUCUACAAGCGAUCUCCGUGUCAGUGGACGUCUGGACCCUCGUUGCCAUUUCACUGGAGAGAUACUUCGCAAUAUGCAGACCACUUAAGUCUAGAAAGUGGCAGACACAGUGCCACGCGUACAAAAUGAUCGCCACCGUAUGGAUACUAUCCCUUAUGUUGAAUUCGCCUAUAUUAGUCGUUUCUACGCUACAGCCUAUGAAAGGUGACGCGUAUAAAUGCCGAGAAGUUUGGGCUAAUCUAGAGCUGGAAAGAACUUUCAAUCUGGGUUUGGAUGCAGUGCUUCUUCUGAUACCAUUCUUCGUGAUGUCCUUCGCGUAUUGCCUGAUCGUUACCAAGCUGUGGCGUGGACUGCAACACGAGAUCCAGCACAAUUACAAUUGGCAAAGGCACCUGCACAGAGACGUGUCUUGUAAAGGCCAUUUGCCGGCGGCGACUCCUGCAUUAAAUGGCAACACUGAACUUUGCUGCAAAGUAGGGUGCAAUGUGAAGAAAAUCAAGGGCGGAAGAACAGAUCGUGGAUGUGGACAAACAGCACCCGCCACUCCUGGUCACUAUUCAAUCACUAGCGCGAUCUGUGUAUUCAAAAGCAUGUCACCCAAACCAGGCCAAAAGCCAAAUCUAAAUGUGGAGGCAGCCAUAAGGGAGGCGGGGAGUAGCAACACAGUGGCAAUGAUAAGUGUCGAAAAAUUGCAGCUAAAAGAUGUGCAGAAAGCAAUGCAGGGACUUAAGCCAAAAAAAGCUACUGGUCCAGAUGGGGUACCUCCAUAUGUGCUGAAAGAUUGCUGCACGGUACUAGCAGAACCUCUUCGUCAUAUUUUUAAUCUCAGUUUAAAAGAAACCAUAGUCCCAGAAGUUUGGAAAAAUAGUAAAGUUGUGCCAGUGCCAAAAGGAGGAAAUCGUAGUAGGGUGGAAAACUAUAGGCCAGUGGCUAUUUUGUCAUCUCCUGCAAAGGUUAUGGAAACGGCUCUCCAAAGGUCCAUUUACAGCCAAAUCUCGCCUUACCUGGCAGAUGCUCAACAUGGGUUUCGACCAACUAGAAGCACUACAAGCAACCUCUUAAGCUAUAUGUCAGAUAUUAUUCCGGUAGUAGAUAGUGGUGGGCAAGUGGAUGCUGCGUAUUUGGAUUUUAAAAAGGCAUUUGACAUGGUAGAUAAUGAUAUACUUUUAAAAAAAUUUGCUGAAGUAGGUUUUACUACUCACUUACUGAAACUUAUGACAAGUCUGUUGACUGAUAGGAAACAGUACGUUGAGUAUGGCGGAUGUAAAUCAAAAGAGUAUUUUACCAGGAGUGGUGUUACGCAGGGAAGCAAUAUGGGACCGUUGCAGUUUCUAUUGAUGGUUAAUGAUUUAUCAGGAGUUAUGAAAAAUGCGAAAUGCCUUAUUUUUGCUGAUGACGUUAAACUAUCGCUGAGCAUUGAAAACAUGGAGGAUUGUACUAGCCUACAGAAGGAUGAUAGAGUGGUAGCUGGAGCGAAAGAAAUAGGCUUCAAUUAA